ACUUAACCCAAACACACACAGAGACGACCAUGAAGCCCCGGGUUCUCCUCCUCAUCAUGUCCAUCUGUGGGGUUGUGAUGCUUCUGCCUGUGCUGGGAGGUGUCUGGAACUUAGCUGAAAUAAAAGAAAUUAAGCAGUGCUGGGUACAGCCUCCGUUACAGUUUUGCAGCGUAAGAUGCACUAGGGUACACGGAUGUUUAAAAUCAAAUUUUACAUGCUGCUGGACCUUCUGUGGAAACAUCUGCUUGAACAAUGAGGAACCCUAUAAAACACUGCUAAAGAAACCCAAUGUUUGAGCUGGCUCCUCACGAGUGGGG